AUGGCUGGCCCCAAGAUGACCAUGGCUCUCGUAAGCCUCCUCCUGUCUGGCGCGUUUGCCAUUACUCCCUACUCGAACUGCCAGUCAACUGUUACUGCUGAGCCUCAGCAGAUUGGCUCCACCACUUCCAACGCUGCCACUGUCAUUUCGACCACUGAUAGCCUUGGCAACCCAACUCUCCAGACCAGCUCUAUUCUUGCUACUACUGGAUCUGCCGUUACCACUAGUGGCGCCGUUUCAGCCUCGAGCUCUGCUUCGGGAUCUACCACGGGCAUGCAGCAUGUCAACUCGACUGCUACCUCCUCCAAUGAUAGCCCCUCUGGCAGCAUGACUGCUCCCUCUGCCCCGGAUCGCACCAGCGCCGGAGCCGCCAUCAAGGCAAUCUCCAAUGUUGCCCUUGGAACUGCGGUCAUGAUCAUGGCUUAUUUCAUCUAA